AAUGACAUCAAUCAAUGUGUUAACCACAAAUGCUGCUGAUCAUUGGUGGACAAAUAUAUCUCCUCUGCUGCUGCUGUCACUUUCUCAGAAAAACACUUCCUCUUCAGUUCUCAGAAAAAAAAUUACUUAAGUUAAAAUAAGGAACAACAGACAUGAGAGGAGAAACAUUUCAGUCCGUUCCAGUAAUAUAACUUUUUCAGAACGUUGCAGAGAGAACAUCAGGAGAAUACUUCUGUGUAAUCGUCGAAUCCUGAGUUUGUAAACGUCUGCAGCUAAUUUAACAAGUAUAAACGGUUAAACACACAGGACACAGUCACUGACAGGAAGUGAUGCCACUGAAAACUGCAAAUGAGUUUAUUUUAAGAGGAAAUAACAUCAGAAACUGAAUCAUUUGUGAAAAUAACAGCAGCAGUAAAACACCAUGGCUGCUUUCAGAUGGAUUAAAAUGAUUUUACUUCUGAUCCUAAUGCUUCAGUUUAUAGCAGCACAAACUGAGACACAGCCAACCUUCCUUACUGUCAGAGGUGGAAAUGACGUCACUUUGCCUUGUGGAAACAGGAGAGACACACAUGAUGAAUCUGAUGGAACUAUUUGGCUCUUCAAUCAUAAACAUACAUCUGAAACAAAAACACUGGUCAAACUUGGAAAUUCUCACAGAGAAAUGAAAACCAUAUCAGACAGACUGAGUGUUACAGCAAACGGUUCUCUGCUUCUACGUAACGUCACAGAGGAUGAUGGGGGCCGGUAUAUCUGUCAAUGGACCAAAUCAGGACAACCAGAUCACUUUGUAGUGUUUCUGUAUGUAAUUAAAAUUAUUGAGCAGGAGAACCCAGAUAGCGUCGCCUUGAUCUGCUCUGUGGUCCAAUAUGAUCACUGUCUACAUGAGGUGGAGUGGAUUUAUGAGGGGAAAGAGGAAAAACCCUCAGAUAUGGUGAUAUACUCACAUUCCUGCUCUGCCACUGUGACAUUUCCAACAUCUCACCUUCGUCAGAAAUUUGACAUUUAUCAGUUAUUGACGUGUAAAGUCACAAGCUCAGUCACUACAGCAGUUCAGCUGUUCCCCUUCAAUCCUCAGACCUCAGAAGAAAAUCAAGCAAAAACAACUGAAGGGGUAGAUAAAACAAAUGGCUCAGCAGAUUUUACAUCAACAAGUUUUCCAUGGCGGUAUAUUAUUAUUCCUCUCUGCUUAGCAAUGGUUUUAAUGACUGCUGUGGUGAUCAUCAGGUGGAACAGAAAUAAAGGAAAUAAAACACAAACUGAAGGCAGCAUGGUUCCCCAAAAUAAAGCAGCAAUGAACCAGGACCUGAACUCGGAGUCUUUAGUGGGUCUAACUGUUCCAGAAACCAGUCAGAACACAACUGAACCAGAGGACGGUCUGGCUUACGCCUCCAUCAACUUCAAGAAACCCAAAAAGAAAACAGGCAAUGUCGCUGAAACUGUGAUCUACAGCGCUGUGGGAACUUCUUCCUCUUCUGCUGGAGUUUCCUCUGAUGCAGACUGUCUUUAUUCUACAGUCAACAAGAAAUAGAAAAGGCAUUAAAAGCUUGACGCAGCUGAAGACUCAGAGAGUUGAGACCCACUGAGUCUUCAGCAGGUCUCAACUCCUGACCCAAUAAUCUGCUGUAUAUCCUCCUCUUCUGUUCCUCCAGCAAAGCAAUGGUUAAAAACAUAGAAGAACAAAGUCAAGUCAAAAACUAAUAUUUUGACUUGAUUUCUGUAUUUUUGUUAUUUAUUUUUAUUUUUUGCUUUUGCUACAGAUUAUAGACAGGUCAGAAUAUAACUUUAAUAUCUUUUUACACCAGUCCUGUAAAUACUGCUCCUAGAGGCGGAACAAGGUUUAAACUUUCUCUAACCAGGAUUUCAUGGUCUUUCUCACAGAUUUAAACUAAACGAUGCGUUGGUUUGCUCUCCAGAGGAGAUCCGUCGCUCUGUAAAAGAAGAUUUUGAAGGUUGUAACUAUCAAUGCUUUUCUAGCCUGGAAACUGUGAUCAAAUCUGACUGCCCAUAUUGACCAAAGUUAGAUUAAGUAUGUUACUGCUUGCCAUAUACCAGUGAAACACAAUGGAGGGUCAGAGCAGCUGGAGUCAUGACAUGAAUAAGCCUUUUCAUUCAGUUCAGUUCUGAAAAGUGAAGCGUCCAGUUUGUAGCUCAUCCUGUAUGAUGCCAUAGAGACGCAUUGGGCGUGUUGAUCAUGUGUCAUCUGACUCUUAUUUCUGCUUUUAAAGGAAACUUGCAGAGUUAAAAUAGGGAACCAACAGAUCUCAGAUCAGUCAAACAUUGUCUCUGUGUUCUGUAACAGCAGUUUAUCAGUUUGUAACAUCUGAGGUGAUAACAAGUCUUCAUUGUACUUUCCACAUCUGUUGAUAAAUAAUAACAGAGCUGGGAAGUCUUCACAGACAGGUUCCUCAGUUUUAUCCUCAAUGAAAAUGUGUUCCUCCUCUCUAGUCUUGAGAAAUCAUGAGGCAAACAUAGCAAAAUGUGUCUCAACCCAGAGGCCAUGACAGGUGAAACAGGAAGUAGUGACGGCUCAGCAUAACUUCAUGACUCAAAGCUUCAUCCACUGCUCACUAGUGGCAUCUGCUGGUAGAAUGAAACAAUAGCAGCUUGUCACUCUAAUAAACCAUAUUUUAACUGUAUUAGACCAAAGCGGUGUAUCAAAUAUUGCCACAAAGUUUCUGUGACACCCUCGUCCAGACAGUAAGGCCUAUUCAACCAUAUUUCACUGUCAUCUCUUUUCAGUUCUUAAAAUGYUUUAUACUCAAAGUAAUUUUGCUGAUAUCAGUUGUACUUGUGCUUUUUGCCAUAGAUUGAAUUGACAAUAAAGAAUUUGGUGUUUUAUCA